GCUGCAGCAACAGGCCGUAUGGGUACAGAGCCUGCGGCAUGAGCACGGUCGCCGUACGGAGGACCGCACCUGCUACGAACUCGGCAAGAAUCGAGGCAGCAAAAAGGCAGCUUGACGGCGCGGCUGCCAGCACGUGGUAAGCUUCGCCCAAGUCGUUGACGCGGUGGUCCUUCGCGCUAGUCUCGAGACGGAGCCAUCACCACCGAAUCACCAGUAUGAGCGGCCGUCGUGGAUCACAGCGCCUUUCGCUUGCCGGAAACACCAGUGUCAGAGGUAAUGGCAGCGGGAGCGGGGCAGUGCUGUCGCGCGAAGCCGAUGUCAUCGCCAUCGAGGACUCGGACUCGGACACCCAACCCGGGCCGGCGAAGGACGAUGAUGAGAAUGAGGAGCAGAGGGAGGAGAUGGAGCUGGCUCGGACGCUGGAAGAUGCCCGUGCUGGACAAAAAAGUACGAAAGACGGUGCAAACACUGGCACUGAUGGGAACAGAAGACCGGUGUCUGUCAGUCCCACCAAGCGACAGCCGCGUCCGAGCUCGCAGCGCCAAAGUCAGCGACAACAACGGCGGCGUGAGCAGGAGAAGGAGCAGGAGCAGGAGCAGCAACAAAGAAAACAAGAGGAAUGGCAGCAAGGAGAGGAAGAACGAAAGCAAGAGCAAGAGCAGCAACGCAGGCUCUCCAGAUCCCGAUCCUCGACUCCUUAUCAAGAGCCUCACCGAAUAUCCCGCUCGCCAUCUCCACUUCGCAGCUGCCAUGAAGAGGAACAGGUGCGGACGGGGAGACAGGCCAUCAGCGGAGAGCAGAGGUACGAGCCUGAGCUCGGGAGCGAGCAAAAACAGGAACCGAAUCGAGUGCAGGUUAAGCGACAGAGCUAUGCCACGUUUAAGACUGCGCGAAGCGAAAAGGAUGAUGUUAAUCAAGAGGAACGGCAACAACAGGAUCAAGGUGUGAACAUGGAAGAUGCAGCCGACGACGGUUCACGUCGGGUAAAUGAAGUGGGCGAGACUUCAGAAGAGGAAGGCGACGAUGAAGAUGACGAUGACGACGAAGGUCAACAGAGUGUCUCACAAGAAGCCGAGUACGAAGCCACAGAUAGCCAGGCGGCUGAAGAGGGGAAGGACGAAGAAGCAGAAGAAGAGGAAGAAGAAGAAGAAGACGAAGAAGAAGAAGAAGAAGAAGAAGAAGAAGAAGAAGAAGAAGAAGAAGAAGAAGAUGACGAUGAUGAAGAGGAAGAAGAAGACGAGGAGGAUGACGAUGUCGAUGACGAAGAGGACGACGACGAAGAGAAUGAAAAUGGUUCUGAGAGCGAGACGGAAGGUGCAACACGAGACGUACAUGCCGACAGGGAUGUGUCCAUGGCAGAUGCUACUACUGCUACAGCUGAAGCAGCAGAGGCGCACACAGAGCCCCUGGGCGCAGUUGCCGGCGCGGAGGCAGACGUCGAAAUGCAGGGCGCGUCACAAGCUCUCAAGGUCAAGAGUCCAUCUCAUGCCCUGUUUUGUACAAAGGGCAAGGCUCACGCAGAUGGCAACGUAAACUCUGGUUCUUCUACUACCAGCAAUUUAGCUUUGACCGCUACUGAAGGCGACGCUGUUGCCGGUGGUUCACAAAAAGAAGGUACCACCAGCGGCACAGGUGCAGGGGAAGAAAAACCCAAACCCCGCAAACGACGACGGCGCUCGCUAUCCAUCGACGUUUCCUUGCCUCCUCCAGCACCACCGCGGCCUACGAUACGUCUCCGGCUGGCAUUUGACAAAAGCAAGGAGGAGUACCUGAUGGACAUGCCGCCGCUCAUGGUCGCCAGUCUCAAGGCCAAAGAUGCCAAGGAGGACCCCGCUGGCUGGGCGAGCUGGUUCGAGGAACACGUGCUGGGAGGGAAUCGAACCGCUGCCAAUGCUGCCGCAGCUGCUCUGGAUGCCAGGUCGAAUGUCAAUCAAUCCAAUCUUGUGAGCGCGAGUGCUGCGGGUGCAGAUCCAAACGCUCUACCGGGAAUGGAAGACCUCGGCGGGCUGGCGCGGCUGCUGGAGAAGUACAAGUAUGGCGCCGAAGUUGCAGGCUAUGGCAACGGCCAUGCCGGCAGUGAAACUGGCUCCGGCAGCGGCAAGCGCAAGAAGAAGCGCAAGAAAGGUACAGGCUUCGGCGCCGGCGCGGGAGGCGGCGGCGGAGACGACGACUGGGACGUCGGCGCGUACGACGUCAAAGAUCCCUUUGUUGACGACUCCGAGCUUGUCAUUGACGAGCCGACGCACUUCGUCCUUGCACGCGCACGCGGCGAUGCUUUCUUCGUCACGAGCGGGCCAGUUGAGCUCGAGAAGCUCAAGGCGAAGGCGAAGGAUGGCAAAAAGAAGAAUGCAGGUGGCUCGGGUGCUGCCAUCUCCGGCAGUGGCGGGGUCGGUAGCACCGGUGCCCCUGUGGGCGCGACCUCUGGCGCAGGCGCCGACGGUGCGGUGGGGGGAGCCGGCGCCAUCCCACAGUCAAAACCUCUGGCCAUCCGCGAUAUGAAGACGGGGUUCACGGGCGUGACGAACAUGCUUCUUGCGCAGCGUGCACAGCAUACGGGUAUCACCACCACUUCCAUCACGGACGAGCCGACCGUGAAGAACAAUGCCAACGCCACCGUCAAUGCUGCUGCGUCAUCCAGUGGCGACACGCCGGCUCCAGUUGGCGGAGCUGGGACGGGCGCAGCACCGGAAGGAUCGACCAGAACAAUUGCCCCUCCGCAGAAUGUUGCAUCGCUCUUGCACAUUGACUCGUUCCUGAAUAGUGGCAACGAUGCCACGCCUGGCUCAUCAGCAGUUUCGGUGCCGAGCUCAGCUGCCGCGGUGGCGAAACCUCAGCCCUCGGCCAUGACCAACACGCAAGGGGAAGCCACAGCGUCCCCCACGAGUCCCAGCAAAGCGUCCGUCACGGGCAGUCUGGACGGCCUGCGCAAGAGGUCGUACAACGCGAAGCCUGUCCACCCGCUACUACAAGCUGCUUUCGAUGAACUCAAGGUGCUUGUGUCGAGGGAGAGCUUUGCGGUCAAGAGCAAGUUCCCGCCGAACCUCAAGCCGCCGCUCGUCAAGACUGCGAGGCUUGCCGUCGAGCUCGGAGAAUACAAUGAGAAUUUUUUCGAUCACUUGCCAGACAUCUUUCCAUACAAUCGAUUCACUAUGCGUAAACUGACCAAACGAGAAUUUUUCAAUGAGCACCUCCGCUUCUUCACCACUUUUCAGAAUGAGCAUCUCGAGUCGCUGCGUGCACUCAUCAACGAGGAUUUUCCUGCUCAAAAGGCAGAAUAUGACCAAGCACUGAAAGCGUGGCACGAGCGCGGCGAGCCGGAAAAAUGCGGGACACUGUCGCCAGGUGUUGCGCCGGCUGCUGAUCUUGCUUCUGCUUGUGUUGUCGCCGUUGAUGGAUCCAGCAUGCCUGUCGGAAGGCAGGGAGGCGAGGUUGUUGAAGCGGACGGCAGCAGCGCUGCUGGAGCGGGAGGCGACAAGCCGCCUUUCGAUGAGAAUGCGGAGCCGCAAAAGAAGUGGAAAUUUUCAGAGGAGCAGAAGGAGGAGAUCUUUACGCUCGUCACGAUUGAGAAUGCAGCCAGCGAGCUGAAAAAUGAGAAGUUCGAGCUUGAAAAGUCAACGGAGACAUGCAGCGAGAUCCAAGGCCGCAAGAACAUCUACAAGCGCAUGUCCGACUUAUGGCCCGAGACGGGCUGGAUGACAUCAACAAUCAUUUCCACACAAUAUGCCGCGGCAAGGAAGAAGCAUGAUCGACAGCUUGCUUUGGUAGCAGAGUAGGAUAGGCACGUAUGUAUGCAUGUCUUGGACUUCGAUGUACCAUCGUGAGACCACGAUGCAGUCAGAUGUUAUGGACUCUCCCGGGUGGUUUUCGACGAAUGGCAUUCGACCGCGGGGGUGAAAUAAAUGCCGUUGCACA